AAUUAGUUGCUGGCACACCUGAAGCUAUUAGUGUGACUCCUGUCUCAUCAAACGCUACUGCUUUAUUAAUUGACUGGGAGGAGCCUCAGAAUGGAAGCACUGGGGUAGUAGAAUACAUUGUACACUAUCAACCAACUAAUGUAUCUACUAAUUGUCCAGGUGUAAAGAAUGGCACUAUUAUCACCAACAGUAUUAAUACUAGUUUAUUAUUAACUGGCCUGGAGGAGAAUACGAACUACACUAUUACCAUUAGUACCAUCAGUGAAGCAGCUGUGGGUGAGCCAUCAGCUCCUGUAACUGCCGCCACUUCUACCAGUGCUCCAGCUGGUCCUCCUUUAAAUGUUACUGCUUAUCCAAUCAAUCCAAGCAGCAUUAACAUCACUUGGGAGCCUCCCCUCUGUCACCUUCAAAAUGGACCAAUCAGAUCGUAUGAGAUAGCCCAAACAGUGAUUAGGUUUGACCACACUAAUACUAUUCCUGUAGCAGCUGGCCAGUUGAGUUACAUGUUGACUGGUAUACCGUCAUUCAGAAAUAAUUCUAUUAUAGUCAGUGUUAAGAAUGACAAUGGAUCUGAAGCUAGUGAUAGAAUAUAUUCACACGUCAUCGGAAUUCCUCAACAGGUCCAAGGGUUAGGGGAUCUCUCGUUAAGUAUAACCACGGUAACAUUAGAAUGGGAUCCUCCUAAAGAUCGUAGUGGAGUUGACAUUAACAAUGUUUUCAAUCGUAAUUUAACGUACAUUUUGAAGUGGUACCGUGCACCAGCUGAUCAAUCUGAAUCAAUUAGUGAUGGUAGUGAACCUGUUGGUCAAGCUAGCAUCCACUCCUCUACACGAUACUCAGUACAACGCUUACUACCUAACACGACUUAUAGAAUUUAUGUAUUUGCCAAGUCAUCAUUUGGACAAGAAACUGGAGGUAGUUUUGUUGACAAGAAAACAACAGUGAUAGUAUCAAUUGAUUUAAAUGAAGUCAGUGAAGUCAAUUCAACUUCUGUUAAUGUAACGUGGACCCCUACUGCUAACAGAGACGUCACUCAGUAUGUGCUAUACUAUAAUUCAAGCACGGACAACUCUCCUGGUGAAACCUCUUCAAUGAAUAUAACUGGUCAUCAAUCUUCAUUUGUUGUAUUAACUGGUUUGGAUAAUUCAGCUACUUACACAUUUGCAAUAGCAGCUGCUGUUUAUACUACUGAAAAUGGUACAGUGGAGGGGCCUAUCUCACCAGUAGUAUCAUUCACAUUCACCCAACACAGUAAUUUCAGAUUGAUAAUGAUCAUUACUGGCAGUAUUGUGGGCGGUUUGCUUCUGCUAGUAUUCAUGAUAACGCUAACUGUGAUAUUAUUAACACUAUUGAAUCGGAGUAUCGGCCCACGUUUUGCCGUAAAAGGUGAGGAAGGUUACCUCUUAGUUCCGCUGGAUUCUUCUGAUUAUUCUGAGACCACACCCACUUCUAAUCGCCCAUCGAUAAUUGGUAAACCACCGACUGAAGUCCACGCUAUCGAAGGACAAGAAGUCGUGUUGAAAGUUCGUUUCCACGGUGACCCGACGCCCAAAUUGUCAUGGAAACAAGACGGGGAGGAGAUUGAUUGGGAGAAUUGCUCUUUUAUGCUGAAAAAUGGAGCAAUUGUGUUUCCUUAUGUAGAGGUGGCUCAUUCUGGUGAAUAUGAAGUGACUGGCAGUAAUGACAACGGCUCAGAGUCAGUGUCCAUUGUACUCACUGUAUAUCCAGAGACUGAUCUAAUGGCUCCUCUUAAAGAAGGAGUUAUUUCUUCUGUUAGGAUACCACUGGAGGAGUUCGGGCAAUAUGUGAAUAAUCUCCGUAAUAAUAACAAUAAGUUGUUCAGAGAGCAAUUCAAGAGGUUGGGUGUUCCUGAUUUACCAACUGAUAUUGCAUCAUCCGACGAAAACAAACCAUUCAACAGAAACCAGAAUAUAGUGCCAUACGAUGUCAAUAUAAUUGAGUUGGAGCCGUUACCAAGGUUUCUUGACUGUCAGCAUACUUACGUAAACGCCUCAUACAUAAUGGUUAAUAAAGAUGAUGAACAGGGUCAGAAAUACAUUGCAACACAAGGUCCUUUGGAUAGAACUGUGGUUGAUUUUUGGCGGAUGGUCUGGCAAGAGAAAGCAUGUGCCAUAGUCAUGCUAACUAAACUUCAAGAGGAUUUGAGGAUUAAAUGCAGUCAAUAUUGGCCCUCCAGGGGUUCCGAGGACUAUGGCCCCUUCACUGUGACCCUCCAAAAAGAAACAACCAGCAACUCCUUCAUCAUCAGGGAAUUGACACUACACUAUAAUACAAUGAUGGGGAAUUUGAGAUCUAAGAUUGUGAACCCCACAGGAAGAAUUGACCCAAACAAGAAAGAAUAUUACAGUUCAGCUCAGUCGACUUUGUUGAUCACUCAUUAUCAGUUCAUUGAUUGGCUGGAGUAUGGGCCACAGCCUCCUAUUAAUUCUUUGGUAAAAUUUAAUAAAAUAAUCUCAAACCAAACUGAACACAAGAAGGGACCAAUCGUAGUACACUGCAGUACUGGUGGAGGGCGAACAGGUGCUUUUAUUGGCAUGAGUUGCUCCAUUAAAGAUGCACUGACUGAAUCCAUUAUUGAUAUACCAGCAGUAGUGACAAUAAUGAGAGAACAAAGAAUGAUGAUGAUUCAAACACUGGACCAGUAUAUGUUGGUCCAUGAAGCUGUGCUGGAGCAAGCACUGUGUGGUGAUACUCAGAUUGCUGCUUGUGAUUUGCAAAGUACCAUCUCCUCUCUGUCGUCAAGUGAUAAUGCCUCUGUGACUGGAUUUGAAGCUCAGUUUAAUGUCCUAGAGCAAGUUUCUGUUCCUCCACAAGAUGCUGUCUGUGAUGUUGCAAGACAAAAUCCAAGGAAGAACAGAUAUCAAGAAAUAUUACCAACUGAUCAAUGGAGAGUUCACUUGAAGUCAGAAUCACCAGAUUACAUCAAUGCUGUUUUCAUACCGAGUUAUAAGAAUGACAAAGGUUUCAUAAUAGCUCAGUCUCCUCUUAGAGAGACAAGACGGGACUUUUGGAAGAUGAUAUUUGACAGAGAAAUCACAACAAUUGUUAUGCUCUCACCAAUAAUGGAGGGAGAAGAGGAGGCUUGUGCACAGUAUUGGCCUAAGGAGGGCACAAUUGAGUUCGGCGAGUUUACAAUAUCAGUGAGAGAGGAAUGGGGACAUCAGUCCUUCUCUAGGAAGCUACUCCUCGUCAGAAAUAACAAAAAUAAUAUGCUACGGAGAUUGGCUCAUUUUCAAGUUGAUGGGUGGAGCAAUGAUGACAUCACUUCCUGUAACGAAGGUGCUAUCAUUAAUACUAUGAAUUUAGUUAAGACACUACAGAGAAAGAGUCCAAAUACUCCAGUCCUCAUGCACUGCAGUAAUAUGAUUGGUCGUUCGGCCGUGUUUUGUGCUGCCAUGGCAACCGUUGAUCAGAUGAAGUCCAGCAGUGUUGUUGAUGUGUUUCAAACUGUGAAGAAUAUGAGAGUUAAUUUACCCGGAGCUGUUCAGAAUAAAGGACAGUAUAAGAUGAUUCAUACAUUGGCAGCUGCUUAUGUGAAUCUGUUCAGCACUUCUGCUAAUUUUUGAACGAAAAAUUUAAUAAAAACAACAAUAUAAUAAUCAUAUACACUAUAAUCAAGAUUGAGUGGUUUUUAGUAAUUCUUUUUUAGUUCAAAAUGUCUCUCCCUCUUUUCUCCAUUUUAUCCAAACAAUUGUAACCUUUUA